GAUUCCCAAGGCAACUGUUGCCACCGCAAAACACUCAACACAUACAUCGGCAACUACACCUUUAAGAAGAAAAGUAGAGCUCUGAAAGCUUUGAAAGUUUCAUUGGACUCCUCUGGUGUGCCAACAGAAGUGUGAAGUAUAAGAUGAAACUACCAGCCAUCUCCAUAGCUUCCACGCCUGUCUAUAUUCCUCGCGCACCUCCUGUCCGGCAAGGUCGCUGCCUGGUGGAUACAACCGUAACAUUUCCCGUAAUUUCAGACUCCGCACAGUUUUGGAAAAGCAAUCAGAGUAUUCCCAGAUUGAACCCUUUACACCCACCAUUUGUCCAUAAACGGACUGUCAGUCUGGAGACACCAGAUGUUCACCAACACAACCACCAGAGGACACUGAUCAUGCAGAGAAAAGAGCAUUACAGAUAUCAUCAGGUAUGGCGAAAACCCUUCUAUGGAACCAGCAGUGAGAGAGAAGAGUACAGGAAGGAGUUGCGAGAGCAGCUGAAGAGACAAAUAGAGGAGAAAUGUGCAGCAAUAAAGCUGCAGCUGGCCAAUAAAAUAAAGGAAGCGGAGACUCUCCAAGAAGCAGACCGCCUCGAUCUGGCCAGUGAACGAGAGCAAAGGAUCCAGCACAGCAAAGCAAUGGCGGUGUACAGAGAUGAGAACAAGAGGGUACAGCCCCACACAUACAUUAUAUAUCCACUAUUAAUGCUUUUGUGGUUAUGGCCCCAUCCGGUAGUGCCCUGGAAAUGUUUCAUCAUGCUCUCAGGUUACAAAAAUACAGCGAGUGUCUGAGUGUGGGUGGGUUUUUUUUUUUUCCUUCUUGUUUCUUUCUCUGCUUGUGAACAGCUAAUGGAGCAGAGCUGGAGGGACAGAGCACUAACACGUUCCCAGGAGGCCCUGAAUGAAAGAGAGCUGCUGCGCCUCAACCCCAUCAACUGGAGUGGAA